ACCUGCAAAUUGUUCCAACCACAAAUCAAACAGCAAGUAUGGUUCAUCUAAUUGAAUUGCUUUUAGUCAUCUCCAUGACUUCUACAGCUUUGGCUCUGGUUGUGACACCUGCACCAGUAUCAGACUGGGAUGAAUUAGUGAAAGAGUCCAUGCAAGACAGACACCCUGAAACAGAGUAUUUUUCUGUGCAGAACCCUUCAUGCUCACCUUGUCCAUCAGGAUGGGUGACCUACGCCAGGCGCUGCUUCAAGUAUUUUGACCAAGGCAUAACCUGGGUCUCUGCUGAGACUCACUGUUUAAGUCUGGGUGCCAAUUUGGUCUCAAUACACAAUGAAAAUGAAAACCAGCUGGUCAAAGCCCUGAUCCGCGCUUAUGACCCUAAAGAGAAACCUACGUGGAUCGGACUCUCAAAUUGUCACAAGAAGAACAGCUGGAUCUGGUCUGAUGGAACCAGAUUUGUGUACAGCAGGUGGAAUAAAAAAGAGCCAAAUCAUAGCUAUGGAGAGUGUUGUGUGCACAUGAACUGGGGGAUGGAGAAGAACUGGAAUGAUAUUCCAUGCAAUGAGGCGCAUCCAUUUGUCUGCGUCAAGAGACGGUGGUAAAACUGUAAGGGCCAGGAAACACAUGGCAGAAUUAAAAUGUUUUAAAAUUGCA